AUGGAUAGCAAAGAGUACUUGGUUUCCUACGGCUGGAAAGAGGGAGAAGCACUACGAGAUGGCGGUUUAAAGAAACCUAUUCUUGUAAAACAUAAGAGAGACAAAAAGGGAUUAGGCAAUUCUCCAGGUAAUGAUGAUAGUGAAGCUUGGUGGGAGCGUUUAUUUGAUGGUCAACUUAAAUCAUUGGAUGUUAGCGUUAGUGGGAGUUCGUCAAGCAGUUCUAUUUCUUUCAAGCAAGACUCUCCAGUAGCCACUGCAGUCUCUCGCCAAAGUUCCCCAUUAUACUCCUGGUUUGUAAAAGGUGAAGGCCUCAAAGGCACAAUUGGACAGAAGAUUACAGAUGAAGAACCUAAAGUUAUUUCUAUAAGCAAAAAGAGAAAGAGAGACGAUGAUACUUCACAUAACUCUAGGUCUAAAAAAAGCAAAAAAGAUAAAUCAAAAGAGAAAUCUAAAAAAGAUAAGAAAGAAAAGAAAGUCAAGAAGGCUAAGAAAGAUAAAAAAGAUAAGAAAGAAAAGAAAGAGAAGAAACAUAAAAUAGAGAAGAAAGAAAAGAUGGAUAAAAAGUGCAAAAAGGAAAAAAUAACCAAGAUAGUUGAAAAGAGAGAAAAAUAA